UGAAAUAUAACGUUUACGCUUCCUACGGCGGAUGCUAGGCCCAUUGGCCUGUGUUUUGGGAUGCGAUAGCACGCUGGCACUGGUGGCACUCUGCCUCUCCGUUGGCUUCGGAGGGAGCAUCUACUAUGGCUACAUGUGCUCGCACCAAGACCUGGCACCCAACUUUGCCGGUUUCCUCAUGGGUAUGUCCACCACCAUGGGCAACAUACCCGGUCUCGUGGCGCCCCAACUCUCGGGUCUCAUCAUCAGCGGAACCGGCCUGGAGAGUCGUCUUCAUCAUUUCCUCCGCCAUGUUCCUGGUCAGCGGCACCUUCUUCCUCGUCUUCAUUACCGCCGAGAAGCAGCCGUGGAAUGACGUCACGGAAGCAGAGGGAGAGCAAGCGAACGCACAGCCGGACAGCGUAGAGAAGAAGAAAGGUAGAAAAGGAGAUGAAACUGGAGUCUGAUUCUCAAA